AUGACAGACAAGUAUGGCAGAGAUCAAUUUGUCAUUCGUUUCAUGGAUGACACGGAAAUUUACUGGAAUGAUGGCAAGACUCAGCAACCUGACAUGGUUUAUGAGCGCAGAAACUGGACAGAAAGUGGUGUCCAGUGGUCUCCAUACGGUAGUUACCUUGCUACCCUCCACCGCCAGGGUGUUGCCAUCUGGGGGGGCACAGCCUUCAAGCAGCUGCAGAAAUUUGCGCACCCCGAUGUGAGGAGGAUCGACUUCAGCCCGAACGAGAAGUUCUUGGUCACUUCCUCGAUCACCAAGGACAAGGACGACCGCUUGCUGCUUGUCAUAUGCGUGUUUGAUGUGCGCACUGGCCAGAAGCUGAGGCAGUUUGAAGGGUACCCAGAAGAUUUUUUGAGGCAUGAGGAUGUGCGGGCAGGAAACCUUGUGUGGCCCAUAUUCAAGUGGGCUGGAGGGAAGGAGGACCUGUUCUUUGCAAAGCUGGCAACAUCCAAGACGACUGGACAAGCAGUGAUCAGCGUGUAUGAGUGCCCUGACAUGGGCCUUCUGGACAAAAAGUCACUGAAGCUGGAUGCUGUGGAGUACUUUGAAUGGUCACCCUCCGAGCCCCUCAUGUCCAUAUACCACCGAGAGUCACAGGAGGGGAACAUUCCUGCCAAAAUCAGCCUGAUGCAGCUUCCAGAACGAAAGGAAAUUCGCCAGAAGAACCUUUUCAAUGUCUCAAGUAUCGAAAUCUUCUGGCACCCUCAGGGAGACUUCCUUGCUGUCAAGGUGGAUCGCCACACAAAGACCAAAAAGACGAUCUACACCAGCUUUGAGUUGUUCUGCAUCCGCGAGCGUGACAUCCCGAUGGAAGUCCUGGAGCUCCCGAACAAAACAGAGAAGGUUCUGACGUUCUCCUGGGAGCCGGAAGGGCACCGAUUUGUCAUCGUCCAUGGCGAGGGGCCGCGCUACAAUGUCUCAUUUUACUCGAUGAAGGAUGAGAAGGGAAGGUUGAGCGUGAAAUUGCUGGGCUCUUUGAAGGACAAACACUGCAACGCAAUUUUUUGGUCACCAAAGGGGAAGAAUGUCGUGCUGGCGGGGCUGAAGACAAUGAAUGGCCAAUUCGAGUUUUUCAAUGUGGACUUCUUUGAGACGAUGGGCCAGGCCGAGCAUUUCAUGGCCACAGAAGUUGAAUGGGAUCCCGCAGGCCUCUUCCUUGCCACAAGCGUGACAGCAGUGCACCAAAUGGAGAACGGCUUCAACAUGUGGACAUUCCAGGGCAGGAACCUCUACAGACUCCCACGAGACCGUUUCUUCCAGUUCUCCUGGCGGCCUCGUGCUGCAAGUCUCCUCACAGCUGAGCAAAACGAAGCGAUUCGCAAGAACCUGCCAGACAAGAUCAAGGAAUGGGACAGAGAACAUGUUGCUAGGGCGGAGGAGGCCAACAGAGAAGUUUUGGAGAAGCGUCAGCGCCUCAGGGAUGAGUGGAAGGCCUGGGUGGAGUCAACAGCAGAGUGGGUUGCGCAGCAACAAGCCUUCAAGAAGGAGAUGAUGGGUAACAAGUACGCAGAGAGGGAAUUCAAGAUGGUCGAGGUAACUCUCACGGAGACCAUCAGUGUUCAAGAUGAGAUCUACAAAGAAGUGUGA